CCGUGACUUAGGAGAAAUUGUGCUGUCAUCCAUAGUCCCUAGCGAUUAAUCUUCUCAGGCACAGUCUGGCACUGGUGACUGCCACAAACUGUGUUUCUUUGCACAUCCAAGAACCGCCUCAUACAAAACUUCUCGUUCAAUUACAUAGUGCCACUCACACAAAGCUCGAGUCAACCUCAGUGGCAAAAGGGUUAACUUCAGCCUAGGUCAUGGACACCGACCGGCAUGGAAACGUCGAGGCAGCAUUCAGUCUCCCGAACGAGUUGAUCGCUAUAGUUUUCGAUGAACUCGAUAUAGUAUCUCUUCUGAGAUGCAAGCAAGUAUGCCAAUUGUUUCGUUCAGUCAUCAUCACCAACGCGCAACUUCUCUACAAAGCCGAGUUGUUCUUUGGACGGUUCGAGAAUGGACGCCACUGUAAUCUUGAUACUGCUGGCCGCCUUCGUGCCUGUCGACAGUACCAACAGGCUUGGAACAACUUAUCUUUUCCGGACUCCAAAUUCAUAGAUAUGCAGGGUGGUCAUGCUUGGGAACUGUCCGGGGGAGUGUUGUGUCAAACUAUGCAGUCACGGUCAGGGCUUGCUUGCGUACAACUUCCCUGCAAAAUUAAAGACAUUCCCGAGCGGGAAUGGAUUGUCAAUGAUUUUGGAUUUGAGAUCCGAGAUUUUACCGUCGAUACAUCUCAGGACUUGAUUGUCGCUUUGGAAGUAGUAGGUUCCAUCCCGAACCGGAUAUGCAACGUACACCUGAGAACCUUAAUGACCGGCGAGCAUCAUCCAAUGACUGCCGUGCCCUUUGUGACGCACUUGCUAUCAGACAUGCAUGAGGAACUCAGAUUCCUCAUUCAAGUUUGUGGUCCCCGCAUUGCAGUACUGUGUCAAGAUCGUGGGGACGAUCCCAACUCUCGGUUAGUUGUCUGGGACUGGAAAUCGGGUCAGCAGAAGCUCUACAUUCGAGACACAGACCUUCGAUCUUUUUCUUUCGUCACAGAAGACCUAAUUUUGGUCGGCAUCGUGGAAAGUGACGAAACGCCCCCCCGUCUGGACAUCCUCAGUAUCGACAGCUUCGGCAAUGAGUCGGAGGAAUAUAAAGAUGUCAGCUACAUUUGCGGCCUGGAGUAUCCAAAAAUGAAGGCCGACGUUCUAGACAUGUUGAUUCGAUCGGAGCCGACUCCAGGAUGGUCCCCAUCUCAAACCGUUCAAACUCCCUUCUUCUUCGCUCGCAGUGACCGCAUCUUCGCCAUCACCAUGCGGCUCUCCCCCGAAAGCAAUUCCACCGAAGAGUGCACUGUGCUAAUCGUCCCUUUAUCCACCAUCGUGGCUCAGGUUGAAUUGUCUCACAAUACACGAAAACGUAUUGUCCCAUGGAUGCAGUGGGGUCCAAAUGGCUCUUAUAUGCUCCUUCGCAGCCCGUCCGAAGUCUGGGUUUGCUACGUCCACGGCAUGAAGUUCAUCCAACUUCUGCCAUGGAAAAAAGGAAAUUCUGCAAGAGUGUAUGAUUUCAACAAGUACGCCGCGAGGAGGGAUGUUCGAAAUGAACAAACAACGGAACCGAAACUUCUGUGGAAACGCUUAGGAAUGCCACAGUCACUGAAUUCGCGGUGUUCUGCCUUUGCUGAAGAAGUCAACACGUAUCUUCCUGGCCGUGUUGCGACUGUUGAGGUGAUGCCGAGUGAUACAUCUCACGACUGGGAGGCGGCUAUGAUCGGUGAAGACAACAUCGUCCUGGUUUCCCCUCAUGCAAGGAAGUAUGGCUAUAUUGCCAUGUAAAUUGAAAGCUUGUCGUUCUGAAGUUCACUUGUGCCUUGCAAGAUGGAUGGCACUCUCCUGCCGUCAGCAGGCAACAAAUCACCCAGUUUGGGCCCUAUUGUCUCCCAGACGGGCUAUAACAAAUAUCUUUAGUGCGCCAAGGGAAUAUCAUCUUUUUUACAGUUCAGCUGUGCAACGUUUAGCAGCGGCUACAAAUCCCCUGAUGUCCGUGGACUUAAAACGUUAUCUUUCCUAGUGUGUGGCGGCUUCUCUGGUCAUUCACGAUAAAUGCAUACUGUUAUGAAUCUACUACGGCAAGG